AUGAUUAAUUUGUUCAAAGUAAAAGAAAAACAAAAAGAAGCAGCUGAAAAUGCAGGAUCAAAAACACCAAUUAAAGAACAAUCAGCCUCAAAAUUACGUGUUCAUAGAGAUAUUAGUGAAUUAACUUUACCACCAAUUUGUAAAAUUGAAUUUCCAAAUGGAAAAGAUGAUCUUAUGAAUUUUGAAGUUACAAUUAAACCUGAUGAAGGUUAUUAUCAUGAUGGUAUAUUUCCAUUUACAUUUCAAAUUCCAUUUCUUUAUCCACAUGAUGCACCAAAAGUUAAGUGUAAAGUCAAAGUUUAUCAUCCAAAUAUUGAUUUAGAAGGUAAUGUUUGUCUUAAUAUUCUUAGAGAAGAUUGGAAACCUAUUUUGAAUAUUAAUGCUGUGAUUUAUGGUUUAGUUCAUUUGUUUACUGAACCUAAUUAUGAAGAUCCACUUAAUCAUGAAGCAGCUGAUGAAUUAAGAGAUAAUCCAAAGAUGUUUGAUUCGAACGUUAGGAGGACUAUGUGGGGAGGACAUAUGAAUGAUGUGUAUUUUGAUCACGUUUUAUAACUUGAAAUAGAGAAUUUGAAGUUU